AUGGUUGAUGUUGCAAACCUGGUUGCAGCCCACGGAAAUCGAAGAAAGAAAGAAAUGUUUUCUCCUCACAAUGGCAUGCUGGUGGACCCAACAUCAGAAAAUGUUGAACGAGCCAAAACGCACCAACUUGACAUCUCACUGGAUUGGUUGAACAUCGCCCAUGAAACAGCUGUGGGGAUGUUUUGGUGGGUGGACAUCACGCAUGAAACAGGAAACCAACAACCUACUGGUCAUCCUAUCACAGGUUCAAACGACCACUUCUGCUUGUUCUACAGGUUUCACGAAAGCAACCCUCGAAAAGAACGGGAAAUAUUGCAGAGAGUAACGCACGUUAGGCAGUUGAAUGGCCUAAUCAACACGCAGCGCCAGGAGCAGCUAUACAACGUAUUUAACAGAGAUAACCGUUUCUUGAACUCAAUGACGCCUGUAAAUCACAUAUUCCUGUUCCGAUCAAAUAUUGAUACGUUGAACGAACGCAUCAAUGAAAGAAACAUUCAUGAAAUCGAACAGUUAUCCUCCUUCACUGCAACUGAAGGUCAAUUUCGACGCACUGUACUGGACAAAACAAAGAGGAUAUCAGUGACGGCGCCGACAACGACAAAUACGAUGCCGUCAGCUAAUUCCACUCAGGGGUCCGACACGUCAGAUGCCGUCCAAUCAGAGGCCGAAGCUUCCAACACUAAGGAAAGCACAGAGAUAAAGCAACCACCUCCAUUUAUUAAAACGAGCUAUCCUGUCCAUUUAAUUGACUGCCCCGAGGAGAGUGAACCCAACGUAUUCUCUAGCCGUCCUCCUGAUAAACCAAGUGAUCCUGACGUUACAUGUACCGGUAAACGAUCAGGAAAAAAUGAAUCACAAUCUGUAGAAGAAGAAGACUUCUGGAUAAAAGAACUGUGUUUAAAGUUAUCUGACAAGCGAAUUUUGGAAAAGGGGCAUUGGGCAAACGAUCGUAUUAUUAUGGCGGUGUUCAAAAUAUUGCGACUCCACCCAUGCACGGCCGAGCUUGGUGGCUUACAGGAUGUGAUUCCUGCUGUUAAGUACGGAUUUACCAAAGAAAACCGCAAGCAUUUUGUCCAGAUCAUUAAUGUCCGUGGAAAUCACUGGAUAACACUAUCCAACAUCAAAUCCUGCGUUGAUGAAGUUCGUAUCUAUGACAGCUUUGUUAACCUUAAUCGAAAGGGUAAGGAGAUCAGCUAUCCAGUCGAUGUUGAGCAGUGCGUCUGCAGAAUAGCAAGCCCACUGGGUUUCGUUAAAAUGGUUGUCACUAACGUGCAGCAACAGAAAGGUGGCUCAGCCUGUGGCUUGUUUGCCAUAUCAAACACUAUCGCCCUCUGUUUUGGAAAGGAUCCAAUCAUGUUGAAAUGGAAUCAAGGCAUGUUAGGUCCCACUCUCAUGUGUUUGUUGAUCGAGAUUUCCCAUCAUACCUGA